AACCAUUAUUACGUAUACCGUAGAAGCUGUAUGACGACAAGUCGAUUUUGUAGGCGCAAGGCCAGUCUUGCAAGGGAGUAGUGCGCGUUCCCUGUUUUGACGCAGAAAUAAGUGAAGAACUGCUGGCUGAUGUGAAAAACCCGCGGAAAAUGUUGGUCUUCAGUUGGACUUUAGGGCUUUUAUGUUCCCUCUCUUUGCUACCUGUACAAGGGAAGAUGUGUAGCGCCAUGAUCAAGGCUGCACCCGGUGAUGAUCUGACCGCGCUUCGUGACAACGCUUUCGCGGCUUUCAGAACCGAGUGCCGCGGUAAACAAGGCAAUCUCGACGACACCAAAUCUUGCUCGUUCAAUUUGGAGCCGUCCGACCCUCCAGUUGCCACGUUCAUCUUGCAGCCGCUGAGGGCGCCUUUCCUGUUGGACUUCGAUGUAAAGACCCACCGCGAUGCCAUAAUAGUCCUGGCGGAGGAAAAGACAGAAGCGUCUGUCUUUGCCUGGAUCAGUGAGUGUCAUUGA